CUCAGUCCCUCGGCUCUUGCUCACUGGGAUAGCUGGGACCGUUAGCUCGCCAGGCUGGCAAGCUGCGGGGUCCAGCUCUGCGGUCGGCCGGGAUGGAGACGAUGCGAGCACAGCGGCUGCAGCCCGGCGUAGGUGUCGGCGGGAGAGGCACUCUGCGAGCGCUGCGGCCGGGGGUGACCGGGGCCCCGACUAGCUCCGCCACACCCCCCGCGGGCCCGCCGCCCGCCCCGCCGCCCCCCGCCCCGCCCCCGCCGCCGUUGCUCCUGGCUGGGGCCCCCGGGCUGCCCCUGCCCCCCGGCGCUUCGGGGAGCCCUGCCGUGCUGCGCGAGGCCGUGGAGGCGGUGGUGAGGAGCUUCGCCAAGCACACGCAGGGCUAUGGCCGAGUGAAUGUGGUGGAAGCUCUUCAGGAAUUCUGGCAGAUGAAGCAGUCCCGGGGCGCCGACUUGAAGAACGGGGCUCUGGUGGUGUACGAGAUGGUCCCCUCCAAUAGCCCUCCCUACGUCUGCUACGUCACUCUGCCUGGGGGAAGCUGUUUUGGGAGUUUCCAGUUUUGCCCCACCAAAGCUGAGGCCCGGCGGAGUGCUGCGAAGAUUGCGCUAAUGAACUCCGUGUUUAACGAGCAUCCAUCCCGAAGAAUCACCGAUGAGUUUAUUGAGAAGAGUGUCUCAGAGGCCCUGGCGUCUUUCAAUGGUAACAGAGAGGAAGCUGACAACCCAAAUACAGGGAUUGGUGCUUUCCGAUUCAUGCUGGAAUCUAAUAAGGGCAAGUCAAUGCUGGAGUUCCAGGAGCUCAUGACAGUUUUUCAGCUGCUGCACUGGAAUGGCAGCCUCAAGGCCAUGAGGGAAAGACAGUGCUCUCGACAGGAGGUGUUGGCUCAUUAUUCGCACCGGGCCCUGGAUGAUGAUAUCCGCCACCAGAUGGCUCUGGACUGGGUGAACAGGGAGCAGAGUGUGCCGGGGGCACUGUCUAGAGAGCUGGCCUCCACUGAGCGGGAGCUGGAUGAAGCCCGGCUGGCGGGCAAGGAGCUGCGCUUCCACAAGGAGAAGAAGGACAUACUCAUGCUGGCGGCUGGGCAGCUGGGCAAUAUGCAUUCCUCCAGCUGCUGAGCACCUGCCCUCACUGCCACGCUCGUCAGGCCCUUUUUUGUAUGUCUCCUUUCUAAGACGUAGGACGAUUUCUGUAUAUACUUUCUCAAUUUUAUACUUUUAAAUAUAGAUAUAUAUGUAUAAACUCUA